UGUUCUCAAAUAUUAAAAGCAGUGCUGGAGGAGGCGAGAAGGGAACUGGCAGGGAGAGAGAGAGGGCAGAAGUUGGAUGGCGCUAUCCUUUGUCGCCGUAUUUCGGCACACAAACAGCUGCCGAGCGUCUCCGUGAUCCGUGAAAUUACACCUUCUGCCGCUGUUUCACGCCGUGGUGGCUCCUCGGUGUCAUCCGACAAACGAUCUGCAGCCCCGCGGGCAGAAUGAUGGAGGAAUCGGUGACCACAUUUGAGACGCAUCUGACCGCCGUCAUGGACAGCCUGAUCCGCGCCUCGGUGUGCGAGAUCACCAAACUCUUCCAGGAGACGGUGAACGACUACCUGGUGGAGCUGUCCCUCAACAGGAAGGAGAACGAGGCUCUCAAACUGCGGCUGAGGCUCACCGAGAGCAAACUGAGAACCGAGCGCAAGUACGGCAUGGGCUGGGCUGCCAACCGCCGCAACGCCGGGCUGGUGGCGGCAGCAGCACCGGAGGAGGAAGCUGGAGGCCGGCAGAAGAGAAAACUUGACGUGACUCGAGGCAAGUCAAAAAAGGGCCCAGCAGCAGCCUAUGGCAAAACGUGGCCUGGAGGUGUGUGGGAGGAAGGAGGAGGAGGAGGAGGUGGUGGCGGCGCUGGUGGUGGUGGAGGAGGAGGAGGAGGAUCAGGAGGAAGUGGAGCAGCUGUGGGCAUGGUAGCAGGAGCGGGAGGAAGAGGGGGGAAGGAGGCCAAAGAUAUGUACCUCAUCCAGUUCCCCCGGGAUGAAGAAGACGAGGGAGGGAUGGUGGAGGAAGAGGAAAGGGAGGGCAGCCUCAGCGGUGAGGGGGAGGAGAAGGCCAACAUCAAAGAGGAGUUUGCCCAAACAGAGGGUUAUCAGCCUGCCUCUCUCCGGCUAAUCAAGGAAGCUUUGAAGAUGCAUCUGCCCAACCAGAACCUCCACGCUGGCUCCAGAGCCCCAAGUGAAGGAGAUCUGUCAGACCGUCCCCCGACUCUUCAUCCAGGAGAGAGUGAAGAGGAGAACUGGAAGGUGGGCUCUGCAGAACCAUCAGAGGGGGGAAUGACCGUGGAUGAGCUGAGGGGCCUGGAGUCUGCGUUAAGGGCCGAAAGAGGCCGCGAGCAGGCUUCUCAACAUGACUCAGAAGUGGUGCGUGGGACCGAGAUCAGCUUGGCCCCUAAGUACAUUGGUCUCGAUGGAAUGGAGCAGGAUGGAGAGCUGGAGCCUCAGCCACCCACUCUGCACAAAGAGGACCAGAUAGGACAAGGCAGGGUGAAGGAGGGCGAGAGGUUGGGAGUGACUGGGGACGUGGAGCUGAGGUUAGGCUGGUCAAAGAAGUUAAGAGAGAGCGACUCAGCUGCGGUCAUGCCUGUAGAGGAUGUGGUGGAGCACGGAGAGUCGGAGCCUCCGCCCCACCUAUCUGCUCCGGGGAGCGUCUGGGAGAGCGCCGGGGAAGAGGAUGGCGGCGGGGACCUGCUACACUUCUGCCCACAGUGUGGAGGAGGCUUCACUUCGGAGGCCGAGCUUGAGGAGCACCCGUGUCCACUAGGUGGCGCCCAUUUACAGAGCAGCGGAGCAGAGGACAGUCUUUUCCCUUGCGCUCACUGCGGCAACACGUUCAGCCACGCCUGGGCUCUGAAGAACCACGAGUGCGCCUGUGCCGCCGAGCGGCCGCACUGCUGUGAGAUCUGUGGAAAGCGUUUUACACACUCACGGUCGCUGGAGCGCCAUCAUCUGGUGCACACAGGUGAGAGGCCGCACCGUUGCCAGCACUGUGGACGCAGCUUUAGUCGCCUUGGUAAUUUGGAACGGCACCAGCGGAUUCACACAGGUGAACGUCCAUACGGCUGUGAAGCAUGCGGCAAGCGCUUCAGCCGCGUGGAAUACCUAAAGAGACACCAACUCAUACACAACAGCGAAAAGGCAACACUCCAGUGCUCCAACUGUGGAAGGGGCUUUAGUGAUAUGGAGCAACUGAAGAACCAUCAGUGUUUUUAGAGCCUUCACAAUAAACUCAGUUAAGGGAAAGAACAGUGGGGUUUUUUUAAAGUUUUUUUUUUAUGGUUGUGGUAGAAUUUAGCUGAUGAAUGUGACUGUUACAAUCUCAUGUCUUUCCCUGUGAUUAUCUUUAAGAUAACAAAGCACAUACAUGGCAGACUUUGGUCGAGUAAACAAUGAAGGCACAUUUAAAAAAGCUGGCAGGAAGGACUGGUUGGUGUUUUGUGUUGAAAGAGAAAUAAAGUCAGUCUCUGCCAUCUAGCCAUUUUAACUGGAAGUAUUAUUAUUUGUAUGUACGUGCACAGCCAGGACUUAUUUAUAAUGAUGAAUACAUCGUUCAUUUAUACCUCUUUAUCAGUACGUUAAAGCUGAUGGCCUUGUUUUCUUUUUUGGAUGACAUAAUUGACAGUUUGGUAUUUUGUAUGUUUGUGUUUUCGUCACAUUGCUAGAAAAUAAACAUCUUAAUUCAUCAGGAAAA